AUGUCCGCGCCUAUCACUCUGUACGAUAUACCCUCAACUGCCCCAGGCAACGCUUGGUCCCCUAAUGUCUGGAAAGCCAGAUACGUCCUCAACUACAAGGGCCUCCCCUAUCAAACAGAAUGGGUCGAAUACCCCGAUAUCGAACUGCUGUACGCGAAAACCGGGACUAAAUCCCACCUUACUAAACGCGACGGAGUAACAUCCCAUUACACUCUUCCUGUCCUUCACGACGCUUCAACUGGAGCUGUCAUAUCAGACUCGGCCGAGAUCGCGCGAUACCUCGACAAAACCUACCCUGACACGCCUACCGCCAUCCCCCUCGGAACCGACGCAUUCCAUUAUGCUUUCAACGACGCCCUGGAAAAUAAAUUUGGCGCUCUCUGCCAAUUCACAGUUGUCACGACCUUCUCUAUCUUGAAUCCUCGCAGCCAAGGGUUCUUCAGGGACACCAAAGAGAAGAAUACGUUGGACGGCAGGACACUUGAGGAGGCGGCUCCGAAGGGUGUUCAUAAGGAAAAGGAAUGGGCGCGACUGAGGAAUGAUUUCGGAAAGAUCGAUGCCUGGAUGAAGGAGGACAAGUAUUUCAUGGGAGAUGUGAUUUCUUACGCGGAUUUCUCUAUUAGCGGGUGGCUUUUGUGGGUUCGUAUUAUUUAUGGUGCAGACAGCGAGGAAUGGAAGGAUAUACUGACUUGGCAUGGAGGAAGGUGGGGAGCCCUGUGA